CGAAACCACGGCAAAAAGAAACUGUUUGGUCUUGUGGUAAUUUAAAAAAGUUUCGUCAUUAUUUCAUAGUGCUGUUUUAAAAAGAAAUCAAAGAAAUUUGCUACCAUUUUUGCGCUUUCAACACAAUGGGAGUUCGUUCAUACAAUGAAGAGCUUCCAUACUUGGAAAAGAUCAACAAUGUUUGCUGGAGGAUUAAAAAAGGCUUUGUGUCAAAUAUGAAGGUGGAAGGAAUAUUUUAUGUGAAUAGUAAAUUAGAGAAACUGAUGUUUGAUGAACUUAGAAAUGCAUGUCGCCCUGGUAAUAUUGGAGGAUUUUUGCCAGCAAUGAAGCAAAUAGGAAACGUCGCUGCUCUCCCUGGUAUUGUGUCCAAAUCAAUUGGUCUACCUGAUGUUCAUUCAGGAUAUGGCUUUGCUAUUGGUAAUACCGCUGCAUUUGAUAUGGAUGAUCCAAAAGCUAUUGUGUCACCAGGUGGUGUAGGUUUUGAUAUUAACUGUGGUGUUCGUCUGUUAAGGACAAACCUGAUGGAAAAAGAUGUUCAGCCUAUCAAGGAACAACUUGCACAAAGUAUGUUUGAUCACAUUCCUGUUGGAGUUGGUUCAAAAGGCAUCAUCCCAAUGAAUGCCAGAGAUCUUGAAGAAGCUUUAGAAAUGGGAAUGGAUUGGUCCUUAAGAGAGGGUUAUGCAUGGGCUGAAGAUAAAGAACAUUGUGAAGAAUAUGGUAGAAUGUUAAAUGCUGAUCCAGCUAAAGUUUCCAUGAAAGCUAAAAAAAGAGGUUUGCCUCAGCUGGGUACACUUGGAGCAGGAAAUCACUAUGCAGAAAUUCAAGUUGUUGAUGAAAUUUAUGACAAAAAUAGUGCUAGUAAGAUGGGUAUUGAUUCAAAAGGUCAAGUUUGUGUCAUGAUUCAUAGUGGAAGUCGUGGUUUUGGGCAUCAAGUAGCAACAGAUGCUUUGGUUGCAAUGGAAAAGGCUAUGAAGCGUGACCAAAUUGAAGUCAAUGAUAGACAGUUAGCUUGUGCUCACAUAAAAUCUCAAGAAGGUCAAGACUACUUGAAAUCAAUGGCUGCUGCUGCAAAUUUUGCUUGGGUGAACAGAUCUAGCAUGACUUUUCUCAGUCGACAGGCUUUUGCUAAAGCAUACAACACAACACCAGAUGAUUUAGAUAUGCAUGUAAUCUAUGAUGUGUCCCAUAAUAUUGCUAAAGUGGAAAAGCAUUACCUCGAUGGCAAAGAAAAAACGUUACUAGUGCACCGUAAAGGGUCAACCAGAGCGUUUCCACCCCAUCAUCCUCUUAUCCCAGUUGAUUAUCAGUUAACUGGCCAGCCUGUUCUUAUUGGAGGUACUAUGGGAACUUGUAGCUAUGUGUUAACUGGUACAGAAGAAGGCAUGCGAGGAACAUUUGGUACUACUUGUCAUGGUGCAGGUCGUGCUUUAUCUAGAGCGAAAUCUCGCCGAAAUUUAGAUUACAUGGAUGUCCUAAAUAAUCUUGCAGAAAUGGGAAUUUCAAUCAGAGUGGCUUCACCCAAAUUAGUCAUGGAAGAAGCUCCUGACUCUUAUAAAGAUGUUACAGAUGUUGUCAAUACAUGUCAUGAUGCUGGCAUCAGCAAAAAAUGUAUUAAAUUACGACCUAUUGCAGUCAUUAAAGGAUAA